AUGGGAAGACCUUUGUUUUACGAUAUCAUCGAGAAACCGGCGACGAGCUGCGUCGUGACGAUAUGCAGCUUGAUCUGGUUCGUAAUUCAGAAGAAGAGCAUUGGGUACUCGCAAGUCGGAUUGAGUUACGAGACUGCAAUCGAAGGGCAUUACUGGAGGAUGAUCACCUCCGCAUUGUCACACAUCAGCGUCUUGCAUCUCGUCUUCAACAUGAGCGCUCUGUGGAGUCUUGGUGUUGUUGAGCAGCUUGGGCAUUUAGGUCUCGGGACGGCUUAUUACCUUCACUACACUCUCGUCCUCGUCGUCUUCUCCGGCGUUUUGGUUAUUGGGAUCUACCAUUUGCUCAUCUCGAGGCUCAAGAUCGAGUAUUUCAGGAGAGUCACAGCCGUUGGAUACUCCUGCGUUGUGUUUGGUUGGAUGACGAUUCUCUCUGUGAAGCAGCCUUCUUCAAAGCUUGACCUUUUUGGGCUUUUGUCUCUUCCCAUUAGCUUUGCUCCUUUCGAGUCGCUCAUUUUCACUUCCAUCAUUGUUCCGCAAGCUAGUUUUCUGGGACAUUUGUCGGGAAUUCUGGUUGGCUAUGCUAUUUCGUGGGGUUUGAUUGGUGGGAUGAACAACUACUGGGCUCUUACUAUGCUUGGUUGGAUCAUUGUGGUGUUUGUUUACAGUUUGAAGAAGUCUGGUGCUUAUGAUUUCAGUUUUCUCGAGAUUGAAUUGCUUACUGAUGCUUCUUUACCAUCAGUGAGGUUUAUUGGAAAUGGCCGGACCUUGCAAGCAAGUGCAGUUCCUCUCAGUGGAGUGGAAGUUGUCUGA